AUGCGGUCAUUUUUUCAAGAUUUCGAAGAGGAUGAAUACUAUGGAGCCAUUACUUGCAAAAUGCAUGACAUAGUUCAUGAAUUUGCUCAAUUUUUGAUGGGUAGUGAAUAUGUUCUGAUGGAAGUUGAUGGAAUUGAAGAGAAUAAAAAGGGAGUAGAUGAAAGCACUCGUCACUUGACCUUAGUGGUUGGAUCUGAAGACCAUUUUCCUACCUUAAGGCACAAUGCAAAGAAUUUGCAUACAGUUUACAUUUACUCAAACACCAACAAACUACAUGUUGAUAGAAUAUUGUUGUUUUAUCAUCUGACACGGCUUCAGACGUUAAAUUUGUAUAGCUGCAACAUUGAAAGUUUACCAGAGGAUAUUGGUUUAUUGAAACAUCUCAGAUAUCUGGACUUGUCUUUUAACUCUAAUUUGAAGGAAUUACCUGACACAUUAUUUAAUCUGUGUAAUCUUCAGACUUUGAGAUUGUGUAAUUGCACUUCACUUCCAAGACUACCAGAGAAGAUUGCGAAACUGGUUAACUUAAAAAAUCUAUAUAUCUAUGGUUGUUGCUUCGAGGGCCUGCCAAAAGGGAUAGCAAAAUUGACUGGUCUCCUAACUCUAGAUAUGUUGGUGGUGCCUAAGGAGAGAACGACAUAUCUUGAUCUUGGAGAUCUGAAAAUGAUGAAAUACCUUCAGUUUCAAAGCUUUCUCAGCAUUCAAAGGUGCGCAAACACGGGGAAUCUUGAUGAGUUUGAGAAGAUAAAUCUCAGGAGUUGGCAAAAUAUUCUAGAUUUGACACUGGGUUUUAGAGAAUCUGAUGAGCUGUAUGAAAUUGGAGAAAUUCUUGAUGAUGACACUGAAAUUCUGGAAUCCUUGCAACCACAUCCUAACUUAAAAGCAUUAGAAAUCUCGGACUACCUUGGUGCAACUGUGUCCCCCACUUGGAUGAUGUCGCUAACUAAUUUGACGAGUCUGGAACUAAUCUUCUGUACAAAAUGUGAGAUUUUACCCCCACUAGGAAAAAUGCCUUCUCUUGUUUCGCUUGUUAUUUGUUGCUUGGAUAGCUUGAAGAAGGUGGGUCCGGAAUUCCUUGGAAUUACAGAAAGAGAAGAAGAAGAUCACGGUGCAGCUAGAGGGGAUCAAGAUACUCCAUCCGAACCAUCCAUUAUUUCAUUUCCGAGAUUGAAAAAGCUUAAAUUUGAUUGGAAUGAGGAGUGGAAAGAGCGGGAAGGAUACAACACGACAACAACGACACCGACAAAAAUAAUGCCAUGUCUUCACUCCUUGAAGAUUACCAAGUGUCACAACCUAGAAAAGCUCCCAGAGUUCCUGCAAAUGACUCCAUUGCAAAAUUUAUCCAUCAAAAAAUCUAAAAUUUUGCAACGAAAUAUCCAAAAAGGGACUGGAAAGGAAUGGUACAAGAUUUCUCAUGUCCCAAACAUCCAAAUCAAUAAAAAGUACGUGCAGAAAAAUGGUGUUUGGAUUCAGAAAGACGAAAGUGACGAUGAAGAAACAUCAUCUAGCGAAUCAAGCUCGUCAGAAGCAUAA